CACGUCGGUGGUCUACCUUUUUCUUCCUUCCCCGUGGUCUGUUCUCCUCGUUCAUGCUGCGGCUGCUCGAGAGAAACAUGAAGUUGAUUUUUGCCGCCGCUCUCAUCGCGGGCUCCGUUAUUUUCCUGCUUUUCCCCGGCGGUUCGGAGGCAGACGAGAAGAAGAAGGGCCCGAAGGUUACAGACAAGGUGUAUUUUGACAUCAAGAUCGGCGAUGAGGAAGUGGGACGCAUUGUGAUUGGCCUUUUUGGAAAAACUGUUCCCAAGACCACUGAAAACUUUGUUACCCUAGCAACAGGAGAGAAAGGAUUUGGUUUCAAGGGAAGCAAAUUCCACCGUGUAAUCAAAGAUUUUAUGAUCCAAGGGGGUGACUUCACAAGGGGAGAUGGUACUGGAGGCAAGAGCAUCUAUGGAGAUAGGUUUCCUGAUGAGAACUUCAAGCUCAAGCACUAUGGUCCAUUCUGGGUGAGCAUGGCCAAUGCUGGCAAAGAUACCAAUGGCUCUCAGUUCUUCAUCACCACUGUCAAGACGCCUUGGUUGGAUGGGAAGCAUGUGGUGUUUGGCAAAAUCCUGGAAGGAGAGGAUGUAGUACGGAAGAUUGAAUCUACCAAGACAGACUCUAGAGACAAGCCUCUCAAAGAUGUAAUCAUUGCAGACUGUGGAACAAUUGCAGUCGAGAAGCCGUUUGCAAUUGCCAAAGAGUAAAAUGACUGUAGAUUAUCUGCAGCCAACAAAAAGCCCCCUGGUGGCUGCUCUUUAAAUCACUGGAUCCGUUACAGACUUGAGGACUUGGUGAGAUCGCUCCCUGCUCUGUAAAGUCAUCCGACGCUAAUGGCUGGAAACAGCCCCACUACUAGAGACAUCUGUCUCUAAUCAAGUCUGAACUGAUGUAGCAUGACAUUUGAGUCUACAAAAGUGACCAAAUAAUGGGAUAACCAAUCAAAAAAAUCAAGAACAAAGAAUAGUUUUACACAUUCCAUACAUCAAAAUGUUUAAUGUGCUCAAAUUGGACACGAGGCUGUACUAUGUAAGAACAGAUUAAAUAAAACCAGUUUCUAUAAAA